AUGAAAAACAGUACAUUCAUAGAAUUUAGAUUGAGGUAUUAUUUUCAAAAAAUAAAUUUUUUUAAUAACACAUUAUAUGUUGUUGAAUUAUACUUUUUAAGAAUAAAUGUAGGAAUCUUAAUGGUAUUGAUAACUGCCAAUUCCAAAAGAUGUCGCCAUAGAAAAAUGAAGUUAAUGGUGUGUAAACCUAAUAUCCGACAUGAGAAGUGUAGGAAAAUAAAAAUAAAAUAUUUUAUAUUCAAAACGAUAUUAAAUCUUAUUAGGUUAACUGACGAUUAUAGUAAUCCAGAAUCUGCAACAGAUAUUUGUAAGCGUAUUUUUUUUGAUAUUGAUGAGCAUCAACCAGAUAUAUCUGAACUAUGUCGUCAAUUACAAAUGUCUUCCCUUAAUGACCGCCAUCAUGGAGUGCCUAUAGACUCACGGACGUUUACCAGACCUAAAAAAUAUACAGCUAGACCGUCACUAACGUUUGUAAUUAAUCCUGAAGAUGGACGACCCAAGCUUCAGAGACGUCUUACUACUACAAUUAGUCCUACUCCAAAUCUUAUAUCAAAAUUAGAAGAACUCAGCAAAACUAAUAACAAAUCUGUUUCAGGAAAUAAGGAAAAUUUUCAAAAUGUCGAUGGAGCCGAUGAAAGUAUGGUUGAAUUGAUAAAAUCAAAUGGAAAAUCAAAACGACAAUCUUUACCCGCUAGCUUAUACGAUCGUUUACAAGAAUUAAAAAAAGCUAAUUCAUCUUUUAAAGUCUGUAAUCAAGAUGAACAAAAUAUUAUCAACCAAAGAAUUCAAAACGAAGUCAAAAAUGAAAUGUCGGAUAAUAUUAGAAAAGGCCCCAUUGAUAUUGACUUAAAAAAUUCGCAUUCCGCACGUUUGUCCGAAAUUUUUAAAAACAUUCAAGAUUAUUAUUCAGAUGAUAACGAAAGCUUUAUUAGUUUAGAUGAAGUCAGUGGUUUUUGUGAUCGAUUGACAUUGUCAACCGAUCAAAAUACAUAUUCUUCUAUAAUGAGAGAGAUGGAACAACAUGACAUUUGUCUUUUUCAUCGUACUCCAAAUGACAAUAAAUCAAACGAAAGCAGAAUCACAAUUGGAGGCAUGGAAGUUCCUGAAACAGAAUUCGUAAAAAAUAAAGCAGAGAACGAAUAUAACGGAGAUGAUAACGAUUUAAAUCGAACGUAUGAAAUUAAUGAUGAAGAACCUUGUGAAUUAAAUAAUACUUUUGAGUUGAAAAAAAAUCUAUCGAAGCAAAACGUAAUGAAUUUAACAUACGACGCAAAUAAAAAAGUCGAUUUAAUGGACGCCGCUCCAAAAGCUGAUGUUUUAAAAGAUACGACACCUAAAAAACGUUCAAAUAGAAGUUCCGAAAAUAUUGAAAACAAUAAUUACAACAAAAGCUAUAAUGUUUCACCCUCAGGUUUUCCUAAAAACAACACAAUGAAUGUUACUUACGAUAAAUCUAAAAAAACAUUAGAUGAAAAUGAAUUGAAUGCUUUGCACAAGGAAAAAUAUUCUACAAAAUUAUUUGAUUCUAGGGAAAUGCGCGAAGACGAUUGUAUGAGCAGUACUUCCGAUCACAGUUACAAGUCAUCUGAUAGCAAUAUUGAAACAAAACCUUCAGAACGUUCUAAAAGUUCAGAAAUUGAACGCAAGUCAAGAAAUUCAUCGACUCCGAUGACCGGUGAAUGGAAAAAAUUAGAUUUUGACAUUGUUUCACCAAUAGGAAUGGGUGACGGAGAAUAUCGGGCUCGUUCGAAUCCUUCCAGUCGAAGUCAUAGUCCACGUAAAAUUGUAACCCCGUACGUACAAGAAGGGGGGAAAAAGUAUCGAAUGCCAAAUUUAAAACAGCCCUUAAGGGUUCCUCAGCGAGAGCUCAAAUUAAAGCCAAACUUGGUCCGACCAGCACAAAAUUUUAAAAGACCUUUAUCGUAUGCUAGGACUUCGUCCGAACCAUCUGUACCCCAAAAGGUAGAAAAUUUUCAGCCUGCAGUAAAUGUACCCGUACUACGACCUUUAGAACCGUCUUCCGUGCCUUCUUUAACGCAUAUGAGGCCUUCAAGUAGAACGAGCGGUAUUCCCAGGCCGCCAACAAGACUGAAACAGCCACAAAUCAGAGUAAAUUAUUCUAAAAAAUAA